GCGCGGCCGCGGGGGGCGGCGCUGCGCUGCGCCGCGCUGCGCUCCAGCCCGGACCGGGCCGGGGCCGCUGGAUGCCGCGUCUCCGCUUCUGCUGCCUGCCGGGCGGGCUCCGGCGGCCGCAGCGAGGCGGGGUACCAGGGCCCUGUGCUAAGCACCCGUAAUCCCCCAGGGGUGCCACCCCCAAAAGCUGUACCCCACCAUGUUUAACCUAAUGAAGAAAGACAAGGACAAAGAUGGAGGGCGGAAGGAGAAGAAGGAGAAGAAGGAGAAGAAGGAGCGGAUGUCGGCGGCAGAGCUGCGGAGCCUGGAGGAGAUGAGCCUGCGUCGUGGCUUCUUCAAUCUGAACCGUUCCUCCAAGCGUGAGUCCAAGACCCGCCUGGAAAUCUCCAACCCCAUCCCCAUCAAGGUGGCCAGUGGCUCCGACCUGCACCUGACCGACAUUGACUCUGACAGCAACAGGGGCAGCGUCAUCCUGGACUCGGGCCACCUAAGCACCGCCAGCUCCAGCGAUGACCUCAAGGGUGAGGAAGGCAGCUUCCGCGGCUCUGUGCUGCAGCGGGCCGCCAAGUUUGGCUCCCUGGCCAAGCAGAACUCACAGAUGAUUGUCAAACGCUUCUCCUUCUCCCAGCGGAGUCGGGAUGAGAGUGCCUCAGAAACCUCCACCCCUUCCGAGCACUCUGCGGCCCCGUCCCCGCAGGUGGAGGCGAGGACUCUAGAGGGACAGCUGGUGCAGCAUCCCAGCGCAGGCAUCCCUCGGCCAGGGCCCCGGUCCCGAGUGCCUGAGCUGGUGACUAAAAGGUUCCCGGCUGACCUGCGCUUGCCCCCCGUGGUGCACCUGCCACCGCCUGCCCUCCGGGAGCUGGAGCUGCAGCGACGGCCCACUGGAGACUUCGGCUUCUCCCUGCGCCGCACAACCAUGCUGGAUCGGGGCCCCGAGGGCCAGGUCUACCGGAGGGUGGUUCACUUUGCUGAGCCCGGUGCGGGCACCAAGGACCUGGCCCUGGGGUUGGUGCCGGGUGAUCGUCUGGUGGAGAUUAAUGGGCACAACGUGGAGAGCAAGUCCAGGGACGAGAUCGUGGAGAUGAUCCGGCAGUCCGGGGACAGUGUGCGGCUCAAGGUGCAACCCAUUCCAGAGCUCAGUGAGCUGAGCCGGAGCUGGCUGCGGAGUGGCGAGGGACCCCGCAGGGAGCCAGCCGAUGCAGGAGCUGCCGCUGAGGUCCAGCUGACCCCCGCAGAGGAGGCCCACCAGCGCCUUGAGAGGAUCUUCACAACUCCUCUGGACCCUGAGGCCGCCUCUCCUGCCCACAGCCAGGUGAAGACAGAAGAGCAGAUUGCAGCUGAGGAGUCCUGGUAUGAGACAGAGAAGGUGUGGCUGGUCCAUAAGGAUGGCUUCUCUCUGGGCAGUCAGCUCAAAUCUGAGGAGCUCAGCUUGCCAGAAGGCAAGGUGCGUGUGAAGCUAGACCAUGAUGGCGCCAUCUUGGAUGUGGACGAGGAUGAUGUGGAGAAGGCUAAUGCUCCCUCCUGCGACCGUCUAGAAGAUUUGGCCUCGCUGGUGUACCUCAAUGAGUCCAGCGUCCUCCACACACUGCGCCAGCGCUAUGGUGCUAGCCUGCUGCAUACGUACGCUGGCCCCAGCCUGCUCGUCCUCAGCCCCCGUGGGGCCCCUGCCGUGUACUCUGAGAAGGUGAUGCACAUGUUCAAGGGGUGUCGGCGGGAGGACAUGGCACCCCACAUCUAUGCCGUGGCCCAGACCGCAUACAGGGCAAUGCUGAUGAGCCGCCAGGACCAGUCUAUCAUCCUCCUGGGCAGCAGCGGCAGUGGCAAGACCACCAGCUGCCAGCAUCUGGUGCAGUACCUGGCCACCAUCGCAGGCACCAGUGGGAACAAGGUGUUUUCUGCAGAGAAGUGGCAGGCUCUGUACAGCCUCUUGGAAGCCUUUGGGAACAGCCCCACCAUCAUGAACGGCAAUGCCACUCGCUUCUCCCAGAUCCUCUCCCUGGACUUUGACCAAGCUGGCCAGGUGGCCUCAGCCUCCAUCCAGACGAUGCUUCUGGAGAAGCUGCGUGUGGCCCGACGCCCAGCCGGUGAGGCCACCUUCAACGUCUUCUACUACCUGCUGGCCUGUGGGGAUGGCACCCUCAGGACAGAGCUCCACUUGAACCACUUGGCAGAGAACAAUGUGUUUGGGAUUGUGCCACUGGCCAAGCCUGAGGAGAAGCAGAAGGCGGCUCAGCAGUUCAGUAAGCUACAGACCGCCAUGAAGGUGCUGGGCAUCUCCUCAGAUGAACAGAAAGCCUGCUGGCUCAUCCUGGCUGCCAUCUACCACCUGGGGGCUGCAGGCGCCACCAAAGAGGCCCCCGAGGAGCAAGCCGCUGGACGCAAGCAGUUUGCCCGCCACGAGUGGGCCCAGAAGGCCGCAUACCUGUUGGGCUGCAGCUUGGAGGAGCUCUCCUCAGCCAUCUUCAAGCACCAGCACAAGGGUGGAACCCUACAACGUUCCACCUCCUUCCGCCAGGGCCCUGAGGAGAGCAGCCUGGGAGAUAGCACAGGCCCCAAACUGAGUGCACUGGAGUGCUUAGAGGGCAUGGCGUCUGGCCUCUACAGUGAGCUCUUCACCCUUCUCGUCUCCCUGGUGAACAGGGCUCUCAAGUCCAGCCAGCACUCACUCUGCUCCAUGAUGAUUGUGGACACUCCGGGCUUCCAGAACCCUGAGCAGGGUGGGUCGGCCCGUGGAGCCUCCUUUGAGGAGCUAUGCCACAACUACGCCCAGGACCGGCUGCAGAGACUCUUCCACGAGCGCACCUUUGUGCAGGAGUUAGAAAGAUACAAGGAGGAAAACAUUGAGCUGGCAUUUGACGACUUGGAGCCAGCCACGGAUGAUUCUGUGGCAGCUGUGGACCAAGCCUCCCAUCAGUCCCUGGUCCGCUCACUGGCACGCACCGAUGAGGCAAGGGGCCUGCUAUGGCUAUUGGAAGAGGAGGUGCUGGUGCCAGGGGCCACUGAGGAUGCUCUCCUGGAGCGCCUUUUCUCCUACUAUGGCCCCCAGGAGGGUGACAAGAAAGGCCAGAGCCCCCUCCUGCGCAGCAGCAAACCCCACCAUUUUCUCCUGGGCCACAGUCAUGGCACCAACUGGGUCGAGUAUAAUGUAGCUGGCUGGCUGAGCUACACGAAACAGAACCCGGCCACCCAGAACGCCCCCCGGCUCCUGCAGGACUCCCAGAAGAAAAUCAUCAGCAACCUGUUUCUGGGCCGGGCGGGCAGCGCCACGGUGCUGUCGGGCUCCAUCGCAGGCUUAGAGGGCGGCUCGCAGCUGGCGCUGCGCCGGGCCACCAGCAUGCGGAAGACCUUCACCACGGGCAUGGCAGCUGUCAAGAAGAAGUCUCUGUGCAUCCAGAUUAAGCUGCAGGUGGACGCCCUCAUAGACACCAUCAAGAAAUCAAAGCUGCAUUUCGUGCACUGCUUCCUGCCUGUAGCAGAGGGCUGGGCUGGGGAGCCCCGUUCUGCGUCUUCCCGCCGGGUCAGCAGCAGCAGCGAGCUGGACCUGCCCUCGGGAGACCACUGCGAGGCUGGGCUCCUGCAGCUGGACGUGCCCCUGCUCCGUGCCCAGCUCCGCGGCUCCCGCCUGCUUGACGCCAUGCGCAUGUACCGCCAAGGUUACCCUGACCACAUGGUAUUUUCCGAGUUCCGCCGCCGCUUUGACGUCCUGGCACCACACCUGACCAAGAAACAUGGGCGCAACUACAUCGUGGUGGAUGAAAGGCGGGCAGUGGAGGAGCUGCUGGAGUCCCUCGACCUGGAGAAGAGCAGCUGCUGCAUGGGCCUGAGCCGGGUGUUCUUCAGGGCUGGCACGUUGGCUCGGCUGGAGGAGCAGCGGGACGAGCAGACCAGCAGGAACCUAACCCUGUUCCAGGCGGCCUGCAGGGGCUACCUGGCCCGCCAGCACUUCAAGAAGAAAAAGAUCCAGGACCUGGCCAUCCGCUGUGUGCAGAAGAACAUCAAGAAGAACAAAGGGGUGAAGGACUGGCCCUGGUGGAAACUCUUUACCACCGUGCGGCCCCUCAUCGAGGUGCAGCUGUCCGAGGAGCAGAUCCGGAACAAAGACGAGGAGAUCCAGCAACUGCGGAACAAGCUUGAGAAGGUGGAGAAGGAGCGGAACGAGCUUCGGCUCAACAGUGACCGGCUGGAAACCCGGAUCUCAGAGCUGACAUCGGAGCUGACUGAUGAACGCAACACAGGAGAGUCCGCCUCCCAGCUGCUGGACGCAGAGGCCGCCGAGAGGCUCCGAGCCGAGAAGGAGAUGAAGGAGCUACAGACCCAGUAUGAUGCGCUGAAGAAGAAAAUGGAAGUGAUGGAAAUGGAGGUGAUGGAGGCCCGUCUCAUCCGGGCAGCUGAGAUCAACGGGGAGGUGGACGAUGAUGACGCAGGUGGUGAGUGGCGCCUGAAGUACGAGCGAGCCAUGCGGGAGGUGGACUUCACCAAGAAGCGGCUCCAGCAGGAGUUUGAGGACAAGCUGGAGGUGGAGCAGCAGAACAAGAGACAGCUGGAGAGGCGGCUCGGAGACCUGCAGGCCGACAGUGACGAGAGCCAGCGGGCUCUGCAGCAGCUCAAGAAGAAGUGCCAGCGGCUAACAGCUGAGCUGCAGGACACCAAGCUGCACCUGGAGGGCCAGCAGGUCCGCAACCACGAGCUGGAGAAGAAGCAGAGGAGGUUUGACAGCGAGCUGUCGCAGGCGCACGAGGAGGCCCAGCGGGAGAAGCUGCAGCGGGAGAAGCUGCAGCGAGAGAAGGAUGCGCUCCUCGCCGAAGCUUUCAGCCUGAAGCAGCAACUGGAGGAAAAAGACAUGGACAUUGCGGGGUUCACCCAGAAGGUCGUCUCACUGGAGGCUGAGCUCCAGGACAUUUCUUCCCAAGAGUCUAAGGAUGAGGCCUCUCUGGCCAAGGUCAAGAAACAGCUCCGGGACCUGGAGGCCAAGGUCAAGGAUCAGGAAGAGGAGCUGGAUGAGCAGGCGGGGACCAUCCAGAUGUUGGAGCAGGCCAAGCUACGUCUAGAGAUGGAAAUGGAGCGAAUGAGACAGACCCAUUCCAAGGAGGUGGAAAGUCGGGAUGAGGAGGUGGAGGAGGCCCGGCAGUCAUGUCAGAAGAAGUUGAAGCAAAUGGAAGUGCAGCUUGAGGAGGAGUAUGAGGACAAGCAGAAGGUGCUUCGAGAGAAGCGGGAACUGGAGAGCAAGCUCGCCGCGCUCAGCGACCAGGUGAACCAGCGGGACCUGGAGUCAGAGAAGCGGCUCCGGAAAGACUUGAAGCGCACCAAGGCCCUGCUGGCAGAUGCCCAGAUCAUGCUGGACCACCUGAAGAACAACGCACCCAGCAAGAGGGAGAUCGCCCAGCUGAAGAACCAGCUGGAGGAGUCAGAGUUCACCUGUGCAGCGGCCGUGAAAGCGCGGAAAGCAAUGGAGGUGGAGAUCGAAGACCUGCACCUGCAGAUUGAUGACAUCGCCAAAGCCAAGACCGCGCUGGAGGAGCAGCUGAGCCGCCUUCAGCGUGAGAAGAAUGAGAUCCAGAGCCGGCUGGAAGAGGACCAGGAGGACAUGAAUGAGCUGAUGAAGAAGCACAAGGCAGCCGUGGCGCAGGCCUCGCGGGACUUGGCACAGAUGAAUGACCUCCAGGCUCAGCUAGAAGAAGCCAAUAAAGAGAAGCAGGAGCUGCAGGAGAAGCUACAAGCCCUCCAGAGCCAAGUGGAGUUCCUGGAGCAGUCCAUGGUGGACAAGUCCCUGGUGAGCAGGCAGGAAGCUAAGAUCCGGGAGCUGGAGACCCGCCUGGAGUUCGAAAGGACCCAAGUGAAGCGUCUGGAGAGCCUGGCCAGCCGGCUCAAGGAGAACAUGGAGAAGCUGACUGAGGAGCGGGAUCAGCGCACAGCAGCUGAGAACCGGGAGAAGGAGCAGAACAAGAGGCUACAGCGGCAGCUCCGCGACACCAAGGAGGAGAUGGGCGAGCUCGCCAGGAAGGAGGCCGAGGCGAGCCGCAAGAAGCAUGAACUGGAGAUGGAUCUGGAGAGCCUGGAAGCCGCUAACCAGAGCCUGCAGGCCGAUCUCAAGCUGGCAUUCAAGCGCAUUGGGGACCUGCAGGCCGCCAUCGAGGACGAGAUGGAGAGCGAUGGGAAUGAGGACCUCAUCACCAGUUUGCAGGACAUGGUGACAAAGUAUCAGAAAAGAAAGAAUAAACCCGAGGGGGACUCAGAUGUGGACUCUGAGCUGGAGGACCGGGUCGACGGGGUCAAGUCAUGGUUGUCGAAAAACAAGGGGCCUUCCAAGGCAGCGUCCGACGAUGGCAGCUUGAAGAGUUCCAGCCCCACCAGUUACUGGAAGUCCCUUGCCCCUGACCGGUCAGAUGAUGAACACGACCCUCUGGACAGCACCUCCAGGCCAAGAUAUUCCCAUAACUAUCUGAGUGACAGCGACACAGAGGCCAAGCCGACAGAGACCAACGCAUAGCCCAGGGGAGUGGUCUGAACCUCUGGCACCCAAAGGCUACUGCCACAGCGCCUCUCCCAGGAAAUGAUGGGGCACAGGUCUCCCCCACCUGACUGCUGAUCUGCAUGGGAAACACCCGACCCAAGGGGGUUGGGGGGCUUUCCAAAUUGUGGGUGUCUGACAUCUCCACAUGGAAGAGGUGGGGGGAAGAGGAGUUUCUGAAAAGAGAACUUAAUGCUCCUUCUGCCUCCAAAUGCCACACUUUUGGUUUCGACCUUGGGCCGCACUGUGGGCAGUGGCAGGUGGCUUGGCACUGCAUGGAGCCAGCAAGCUGACCUCCAUCUCAGCCCCCUGCUCAGGGACGGUGGACAGAUUGCCUGCUGGGACACUCUAGGUUGCUGGGUCCAUGGGGAGGAAUUGGGGGCAGGAACAGCAAUUCCUUCCCCGCCCCCAGGCUUGGGGUGAGGGCUUUCUCUUCUCAGUGCCUGCUGUCUUUUUACUUUUAAUUUAAAUACCCACCCUCUCCAUCACAGCUGCAUCCCUGAGAGUGGGAGGGGGCUGUGGUGGCAGCUGGGGUUUCCAGGAAUGACUGACUAGGGGAAUCUCAUCUCCCGCUUCGCUCCUCAGAGAGCAGUCCUUUCUCUGUGCAGCUGGAGAGACCGGUGAGCGGAGCUGGGUCCAGAUUCUUGUCAGCAUGGGGAGUGGCUCUCAGGUGCUUCUGGGUUUGGGUUGAGCAAGCCUACACAGACAGGGGUGCAUAUGUACCAUCUGGCACUUUCAGCCCCCACCCCCUUCGUCUCAUCAGUGUGUUAAGUGCAAUGACCUAUUUAAGACUAAACCCAUUCCACCUAUGCCGAUAAGUUCGGGGCUUAUCCAAGCACUGCCUCCUUGACCCUCUGUCCAAGUUGCCUGGACUGUAGGCCCAACUUGAGAGGGAAGGCCUUGGGUUGGGAGCUUGUGAUCAGAAAAACUCAAGAUGGGGGUUUGGGUCAGUACUGAUGUGCAUUAGACACGAGUCCUCACCCUGUAUCCUGAGCCUGAGUCAUUUUUCUUCUUCCAGUUGCCCUGCCCCCACACACUUCCCCCGAGACAAGACAACACGUGGCCGGACAGUCCCAGCCCCACCCUAAAGGUCAUCCCACCAAUAAUACCAGACUUGGGGACCCAAGGGCAGUGCCUGGUGCAGCUCCCAUCUGCUGUCCCCCUCACCUUCUCUCCCGCAAUUGGUUUGUACUCACUGGGCUGUGCUCUCUCUUCCCUGUUUACCCGAUGUAUGGAAAUAAACGUCCUUCUCCUCCUG